ACGAUUGGUGAAUAAGGUCCAUUAGUUAAUAAAAAACGUGUAGGGCUACACACACACGCACUCGACUUGAAAGCCUAUAAAUCUGUGUGCUCUAUUGAAAUGAUAUAGUUUGCCUGUUUCUUACUUUUCGUGUAACUGAGAUAAGAUGUUUACAUUUCUGCUACAUUUCGGGCUGCUUGUACAUUUUUUGUCGACCCAGGUUUGUGCACGUCUGGACACUCUUUCAACUGUAGAUGAAUACAUGGACAUAUGCAUGGAUGCACAGAACCAUAAAAAGAAGCCAGGCCCUGAGCCAGGUUUAUUGAAAGAAUUUUGCUCUCCAUGGGCUAACAGAUCUUGUUGUACAUAUAGUACAGCUGAAGGUAUUCAUUUUAACCCUAAAUGGCUCAACUUUGACUGGAAUCACUGUCAGGCUCUAUCUCCACAAUGUCGGGAAAAAUUCAUCAUGGAUUUAUGUUUCUAUGAAUGCUCUCCUAAUGUUGGUCCAUGGCUUGUUAAGGAUUCAAAGAAGAUCAGAAAUGAAAGGUUUAAAGAUGUACCUUUGUGUAGUAAAGAAUGUGAUCGUUGGUGGUAUAGUUGUGAAAAUGAUUUCACAUGUGUCAAGAAUUGGGCAGUAGAAUUUGAUUGGUCAAAAGGUGUCAAUAAAUGCCCUGAGGGUUCUGAGUGCAAACCAUUCAAUAAGUUGUUUAAAAAUUCAAGGGAUUUUUGUGAAAAUCUGAUGGGCGGCUCUUUCAAGGUUGCUUCAGACACGGAGGACUGUUUCUACCUCUGGUUUAACUCCGGCGACCCUAAUACCAAUGAGAGGGUAGCUAGGAAGAGAGCAGCUGAGCUUGUAGGCAGUGGGGUACGAACAUCACUAAACUUCAUUUGGGUUUUGUUGGCUCUUUUCGUUUCUCUAAAUGUGUCAUUUUUAUUUUCCAUUAUUUAAAGGAAAAUGGAUCAUUGGUUGUAUGUUAAACUUGAUCUCUAGAGACUGACAUUCAGUGGAUGUGCCAUUUUAUACCAGUGAAUUUUGUAUACAACAGUGUAUUAUUUGUGCCCAAUUAAUCUAAUUUAUAUUAUAAAGUCCUCAGGUACUUAGUGAACAAUGAAACAGUAUUCACAAGUCACUAUUUUUAUUUUAGAUUUAAAUUCACUUGUGUACUUAGCGUCCAUUUUGUUAGCUAUGGCAUGCUUAAAUCAGUAUGGAAAAGAAAGUCGAGGAAUCAAAAGGUGUUUUUUUUUACUGCAUGUCAAUGCAUUGGGCUAGAGUUAGCCUACUAUUUGCAUGACUAAUUUCAAAACAUUCGUGUUAGGGGAGUAAAAGUAGACUUGAGUUAUUUUAGUUAGCAAUGUAAACAUCUUCAAACAAGCUCUAUAUCAGCAUUUUGUGGCACAUAUAAUAGUUGCCAUGUUGACUGCCAUUUUCUUUAUAGUUUUGUUUUUUGAUUGCAAUGUUCCCUGCCAUUUUCUUUAUAGUUUUGCUGUUACUUUAAUAUAUUGGGUUGUUGAGUGUAGUUUCUGUAAAAACAUUUUUUUGGUGUUCAUAAAAAACUUGUGUUCAUUGAAUUUUAUGCAUUAUUGACUUUGUUUGAGCUAACAUAUCUGUUGGUGCAAGGUAGAGAGUUGGUCUACAAAACUGUACAGAAGACAGCAAAUAAGAUUUGAUAAUCUGUAUCUCUCUCUCCAUAUAUAUAUUUAUGUAUUAGGACUAUAGAAUUAUUUAAAUGUGUGAAAUUUUGGGAUUGAAAAAUAUUUUACUAGGCUAGAAAUUAAAAAGUUUUUUUCUCCUUUUUUAUUUAAUCCCAGGUCUAUCCUUAUGUAGUUUUGUUCCAACAGAUUAUUAGAAUGCAUAAAGAUCUAUCUUUGUUUUAUAAGUAAAUCAUCAAGAAACAGAUGUUGCUUGUGUACUCAGUAUCAUUUGGAAUCUGUUUUCACUUAUGCUCAGAUUAGUUACUUGAACUUUUUUUGAUACUCUUACUAUACAUGUUUUCAAUAUAAGGCAUUAUAUUAUCCAUGUUGAAUUCUUUUACUUUCAAAAUUAAUUUGGGCUAUUUUUUAAAUACCAAACUUUGUAUUGAUGUGAACUUGGGAGGUAACAUCUUCAUUUUUAAUACUGUAUAAGGAGGAAUGAAUGCAUUUAUAGACAUUAUCUUUUUUAAGACCUUUUUAAGUCCUACGGCAUUUACUGUUUAUAAUCACAUGACUAUCUGGGUUAUAUUGUCUUGUUUCAUUUGUAAUCAGGAUCUAAAUGCUGGCAUUACUCUACAAGGUGCUUUUGCUAUGUCACUUUAUUCUAUUUUCUUUUGGAUAUACAUAAUGACUUAGAGCUCAAAAUUGACACAUCUAAUUCAAUGUCACUAUCUUAUGAUUGUCAAACAUUUUAUGCAUAUGUUGAUCACAAUUGCAAUUGUUUGUAAUGAUUAAUAAAUAAAAAAUAUUGUUGGGUUUUUGUUUUUUUUUUUGGUGUUCAUUAGAAUUAUUUUGUAAAUACAUCAAUGCUUUUAAAUGUAAUUUUUUUUUCUUUACAAUGACAUAUUUUAUUACCUAAAGUUUUCAUUAGCAGGAUCACUUUAUAUACUUAUCUAAAUAUAUAUUAUAUAAAACCGUUCAUACCUAGUUGGAUAUAUAACAACUAUUUAAAUAAUUGUACUUGUAUUAAGCAAGCUGUAUCCACAUUAGUUUGUUCAUUUUUUACUUUCAAAGGCAUUCAUUUUGUUUUUCAAAUAUUUUGACAAAAAUCAAUGCUAAGCAUAAAGUCCACUAAUAUAAACGCCCACACUUACAAGGAAGGCCCUUGCAAUGUUACCGAUAGCAGGAAAAGAUUUUUGUUAAUAUAGACUAUUGAUGCAAUAGUUUUUAACUUGCAAUUUAUAAUGUAAGAUUUUGUUACUUGUUUGCAAUGUUAACGAUAGUAGGAAAAUAUCUUUUCAUUAUGAUUCUACUUAGAAAUUGCUGCCAACACUUAAGCCAAUGUGGCAUGUUGUGAACCUUAUUUGAAGUUCUCCACUUUCCUCAAACAAUUUGAAACUGUCAAGAGUUGAGCGUAGGCUCUUGAAACUCUAGGCCAGCAAAAUCGAACAAGAGCUCCCUCUCACCGGCCUGAUUGAACGGUGUGUUCUGUCUUGCAGAGGGCCUUAUAUGAGUGUCUAUUUUGACACUGUCAUUUCCAGUGACACGGUUAUUCUGGACUCGAGGGGUAGAGACGCAGCCUAAGGCCAAACACCGGGAACCUUCAACAUGAGUAUCAUUCCAGGGAACAUCAUAUUUUUUUUGUUGAAAUUGUUCAUUGAAAUAAAAUGAGCCUUGAUUGACUUAAAGCAAAAGCUGCAUAGUCUAAAUAUAUUUUAAAUUUUGGAUUAUUUUGUAUGGUAUCAUGAUGGCCCAGAGUUUAAAACUCUCCACUGCCAUUCUGCAAGAGGUUGGCUAGAACCUAAUGAUUUCUGGAGGAGGAGAGAACGAAGUUUUCCUUUUUUUUUUUUUUAAAAGACUUAUUUUGUUUUCAUUUUUUAUAAUCUAUUCAUCUUUAAAGUUUUGAAAAAUAAAAUGUAUUUCUUGUAAAUGUUGUUCCAUUUAAUGUGUUGCCUCGUUUCCAUAAUUUUUGGUUUACGGACAACACAUAGAUCUAGAUCUGUCUGGUGGUUAUUUUUUUUUUUUAAACCUGUUUGACUUACACAGGUUGAAGUAAAUGUACAACUUGAGGAGCAGUUAAUUUAAAUUAUAAGUAAUUUACCCUCAAGAGUACCUUUGAACAACAGUGGAAAUAAAAUAAGUAAAUGCUGAGCGCCUAGAUAUUAAUUUAGUCACAAUUUUCAUCAAUACCACCCCAACAUCACCAAAAAAACAUGUGUUUGUCUUAUUAGUCCAUGAUAGUGCAUCAAGUAAACUAGCCCCUUGGAGGGCUUCAUGGUCGUGUGGUGAGUGCACUGCACUGUUCUUCAGUUUUCUUGAUGGUUCACACCCUGCCUGCUGACGUCCUCCGUCGUCGUGCGGAAGGUUUAGACUAGGAAGUCAAUUAUCUUCAACUCUGUACAUCUGAAACAUGGGAAACAUUUGACAAACUUCAUCUGGUCAUGAGUAGAUUAUGAUGUGGUGAACACUAGUUUCUAGAUCUGACACUUCGGUGCUUCCCUGUUUGAAAUUUAUGAUCAGAUAAAUGUGUAUUUUGCAAGUAUUUUUUUUUUUAAUUGUUCAUUUGACAUUUAUGGCUAUACAAGUUAAUUGCCUUUUGCUUUUUCUGAGACUUGGCAUUUUCUUUUUUUUUUUUUUUUUUUUUGAUUAACCAGUAGUUGAUCAAUGAAAUAUUUUGCAUUAUGAAUAUAGAUUGUUGAAUACUUUCUUGGAUAGUUCUGGUUAGCAAUGGGUGUUUUUGAUUUUGAGGGAGUAAUUCUUUGUCAUUCUUAUAUUUAGGUGUAUGUGUGGACUUGGUGCUGAUCCAUUCCCAUAGUUCACUAUCACUUUGACCUUUUUCAUUUUACGAGGUAUAUCCCCUCCCAUCCCCCCCCCCUUUAAAAAAAAAAUAAUUUUCUAACCAGUGCCCACACAUGCAUACACCCUUGUAUAAGAAUUACUUUUAGAGUAGAAAAAUAAACUAUGAAACAAG